UUAUUUUUUUUUAUGGUCAUUUGGAACUCUAGUGAGUGGACUUGUAAUCGAACCUUCAAUUUGUAGUUGAAUUCUUUGGAGAAAAUAUUUUCUUAGCCUCUAAUUCCAAUUUUCUUCAUCUCAAGUACUAUCUUUGGUUCCUUUUUUUGGUCAUUUCUUACCACUUUUCUCAUCCAUAUAUUGUGAGGGUAAGAAAGCUAAAACGCAAUGCAACUAGUCUCUGCUUAGUUGAAACAGAGUAGUUGGUAUCGAAUUUAUUAUUUAAAUCUGAAAAAACAGAUCAUGGUAUUAGAGACAGUGGUUUACCCUCAAGAACAAUAUGGCUAUAUUUGCAAAGAAUUUUAUGGCUAUGGUGAGCAAGAAAGUUCCUUUCUUGGCCAGUUGGAACGCAACAUACAAUAUGGUUGUAACAACUGGGAGCACUCUUCAUCUAGUAAUUCAAUGAUGCAAAAUCAAGUCAAAGGAUACAAUAAUUGGGACAUUUCACGUUAUUCAUCACUAGAAGAAGGUUGCAAUAUUACUAAUAUUGUUGAGGAGAGUAAUUUAGCUUCAAAUCCUUUAGAGUGUAGGAGGAAAAGAAGAAGGACAGUUAAUAAUAAGAAGAAGGAAGAGUUGGAAAAGCAGAGAAUGGUACAUAUUGCGGUGGAGAGGAAUAGGAGAAAGCAAAUGAAUGAAUAUCUUAAUGUUCUUCGAUCUUUGAUGCCAACUUCCUAUGUUCAAAGGGCGGACCAAGCAUCAAUAAUUGGAGGAGCCAUAAACUUUGUAAAAGAGCUAGAACAUCAUCUCCAAACACUACAAUCUCAAAACACACUAAUCUCUCAUCCCAAAAAUGACAUAUCAUCAUCACCACCACCACCACUUUUUUCUGAUUUCUUUUCCUUCCCACAAUGCUCAAAUCGUUCGAGCAGUUCACCGACAGCAACCGAGAAUGGACGGGUGAUGGGUGACAUAGAAGUGAACUUAGUAGAGAGCCAUGCCAACCUCAAAAUACUCUCAAAAAGAAGACCAAAACAGCUUAUUAAGAUACUAGGUGGGCUUCAGUGCUUGUGUCUCACUAUUCUUCACCUUAAUGUUACUACUGUGGAUCAAAUGGUUCUUUACUCCAUCAGCGCUAAGCUAGAGGAAGGGUGCCAACUGACAACAGCAGACGAAAUUGCUCAGGCUGUUAACCAAUUGCUGUCUAGAAUUCAAGAAGAAGCUGCUUCAAACUGAUAAGGGAACCCAUUGGUCUUAAUGUACUCGGUGUUAGAAAUAUAUGUUGAAAGCAGGGAAUUUAAUUAUUUGGCAAUAGAGUAGUUUUUGUCCUUGAGAAAUUUAGGUCUCCCUAUUAAUUGAUGUAGGGAUGGUUGAAGAAUUCCUCCAGGAUUUUACAAAGCCUAUGAAAUUCAAGUUUCAGAAAAGGAUUUACAUAGCCUAUAAAAUUCAAGUUUUAGAAAUUAACUUGAAUUUCCCACGAAAACAGAAUUAUAUUUUGCAAUGAAUAUUUAGAGAGAACAAGAGAAGAAAUCAAUUGUAUGUGUGUUGUUCUUUCGUUCUGAAUGAGAUACGGUACUUAUAGUACCUUUAGAGUCUGUUGCUAACAGACCCAACCAUUCCCAAUAGGUGCCUUUUCAAACACCAACAGAAAAGUUCGGAUGUGGUAGCGACCGCGUCACACUUGCCAUAUCACUCAAAUUGGGUGCCACAGCGGAUGUGUCGUACUCGCCAUAGCAUCCAAAUUGGGUGCCACUACGGAAGCGUCGUACUCGCCAUAACACCGAAAUUGAGUGCCUCUGCGGAAGCGUCUCGCUAUAGCACCCAUUUGGGUGAUCGUCACCGGCCUUCCCCUCGCUCCAAAAUUCAUUCUCUCAUAUAUAUACUCCCAUUAGUACCAAGUAUUCCAACACUUGGGAUGACAAAUCAAAAUAUUAUCCCGCGAUCUUGUUUAUAAUUAUUUCUAUAUGUA